UCGCUCUAGUCAGCCGGCGAGGGAGCGAGCGAGAGUGUCUUUUAAAGAUGGCCGGAGCGGCGGCGGCGGUGGCCGCCGGAGCAGCCGCCGAAGCAGCCCCAGCCGCGGUGGCCGUGGCGGCCCCGGGCCGGGCCUCGGCGGCGCCGCCUCCGCCGCCUGUGUACUGUGUGUGCCGGCAGCCGUACGACGUGAACCGCUUCAUGAUCGAGUGUGAUAUCUGUAAGGACUGGUUCCAUGGCAGCUGUGUUAGAGUAGAAGAACAUCAUGCUGUUGAUAUUGACCUGUAUCACUGUCCCAACUGUGCAGUUCUCCAUGGAUCUUCCUUAAUGAAAAAGAGGAGGAAUUGGCACAGACAUGACUACACAGAAAGUGAUGAUGGUUCCAAACCAGUACAAGCUGGGACACGAACUUUUGUUAAGGAAUUACGUGCUCGGGUCUUCCCAAGUGCUGAUGAAAUCAUUGUAAAGAUGAAUGGUAGCCAGCUGACACAAAGAUACCUGGAGAAACAUGGAUUUGAUGUGCCUAUUAUGGUUCCCAAAAUAGAUGAUCUAGGACUUAGACUCCCCACAACUUUUUCUGUUAUGGAUGUGGAACGUUAUGUAGGUGGUGACAAAGUAAUAGAUGUCAUUGAUGUGGCAAGGCAGGCAGACAGCAAAAUGAAGCUUCAUAAUUAUGUUAAAUACUUCAUGAAUCCUAACCGUCCAAAGGUGUUAAAUGUGAUCAGCCUCGAAUUUUCAGACACAAAGAUGUCGGAAUUGGUGGAAGUUCCUGAUAUUGCCCGAAAACUUUCUUGGGUGGAAAAUUACUGGCCAGAUGAUUCAGUCUUCCCUAAGCCAUUUGUUCAGAAAUAUUGUUUGAUGGGAGUUCAAGACAGCUAUACAGAUUUUCACAUUGACUUUGGUGGCACUUCAGUCUGGUACCAUGUUCUCUGGGGUGAGAAGAUUUUUUAUUUGAUAAAGCCAACAGAUGAAAAUUUAGCACUCUAUGAAUCCUGGAGUUCAUCUGUCACCCAAAGUGAAGUGUACUUUGGUGAAAAAGUGGAUAAAUGCUACAAGUGUGUUGUGAAGCAAGGACAUACCUUAUUUGUUCCAACAGGGUGGAUUCAUGCUGUGCUCACGUCUCAGGACUGUAUGGCUUUUGGAGGAAACUUUCUGCACAACCUUAAUAUUGGCAUGCAGCUCAGGUGUUACGAGAUGGAGAAAAGGCUAAAAACACCUGACCUUUUCAAAUUCCCUUUCUUUGAAGCCAUAUGUUGGUUUGUAGCCAAAAAUCUACUGGAAACUUUGAAAGAAUUGAGAGAAGAUGGUUUCCAGCCCCCAAAUUACUUAGUGCAGGGAGUCAAGGCAUUGCAUGCUGCUUUAAAAUUAUGGAUGAAAAAAGAACUUGUAUCAGAACAUGCCUUUGAAAUUCCAGACAAUGUUAGACCGGGACAUCUCAUUAAAGAACUUUCUAAAGUAAUUCGUUCAAUAGAGGAGGAAAACAGUAAGCCAGUCAAAUCUCAGGGAAUCCUUACUACAUGCCCAGUUUCACGAUCCUCAAACGAAGUAUCCUCCCCAUACCAUUCCAGACGGAGAAUGAGGAAACUUCGAGAUCAUAAUGUUAGAACGCCUUCUAACUUGGACAUCUUAGAACUCCACACAAGAGAGGUGCUCAAAAGACUAGAAAUGUGCCCGUGGGAGGAGGAUAACUUGAGCUCUAAAUUGAAUGGAAGAUUCAACAAACACCUCCAGCCAUCUUCUACGGUACCAGAAUGGAGAACAAAAGAUAAUGACCUCCGAUUACUGCUGACAAAUGGAAGGAUAAUUAAAGAUGAAAGACAACCCUUCACAGAUCGAAAUCUAUAUACAGCAGACAGUGAGAAUGAAGAUUACAUGGAGAGGUCAAAAAAGGCAAAGAGCCUAAAGAUAGAACAGAUUUCAGAAGGACAGAGGAGUAUAGAACCUCAGAAACCACUUAAUAUGUUUUUUGAAAGUGUGAAAUCAGAACUUAGAAAUGGAUCUUCACAAUAUUCUGAUAUUUCUGAUUCAGAGGAAUCUGGGCCUGAUUGCACUGUUCAGAAAAAUGAUUUUACCAGGGAAGAAUCAGAAAGCUCAGGUGAUGAAAAGAAACAAAAAAUAUCUUCAAAUUUUAAGGAGCAAUCUGAAAUGGUGAUGAACGUGUAUCAAACUAACAAGAAGCCAUCUAAAAAUGAAAUUCCAAGUAAAAGGGAAUGUCCUACCUCGACCAGCACAGAGGAAGAAGCUAUUCAGGGCAUGCUGUCUAUGGCAGGAUUGCACUAUACUACCUGCUUAACGAGGCAGAUACAAAGCACAGACUACCAAGCUGAAAGAAGCUCUCUUCAGGAACACAACAGCUGCCAUAGGAGUAACCAUGACAUUAGACAGUUGUAUCAGUCCCAUAAGCCAGUGGAAUGUGGUCACAUUAAGACAGAGGAACAAGAAUUGGGGACUUCAUCCUGGGUCAGGCAGUUUACGACUUCCAGGUUUAAUUCUCAGGAUCCAGGUAAAGCCCAGAAACAGAUCAAAAAGGAAGGUUCACCAGAAUUCAGUCAGAAGGUUCAAAGUAGGAGUUACAUAGACAACAGUGGUUCAAGCCUCCAAAAUGGGAAGUGUGCACAGAAUCCAAGCUUCAUGCCGGGCACAUGCCAGAUAAGCAAUAGCAGUUUUAGCCCAGAAAGGUCUGGGAGUGAAACUUCCUUUUCGUUACCGCUGCAUCCAAUCAAGAGACCUGCAUCCAACCCACCGCCCAUCAGCAACCAGGCAACAAAAGGUAAACGUCCAAAGAAAGGAAUGGCAACCGCCAAGCAGCGCCUUGGGAAGAUCCUGAAGUUGAACAGAAAUGGCCACGCACGCUUCUUUGUGUGAUGGUAGCUGCUUUUGCUGCCACUCUCAACUUUGGAGACCAGUAUUGAGGGCAAUGGGGCCUGGAGCUUCUGCUGUUCCUCUGCUUAAAGCAGACUUGCAUGUACAAUAUAAAACACUGCCUGAAGAACAAAAUGAACCUGAUGCUGCAUUUUCACUGUGCCACACCCACUGAGCAAUAACCAUUGUGGACCUGGUGGGGGGGAGGAUGAAGGAGGGGAGAAUUUUAAAAGAGACCAGGAACCUAGGGCUGGUCUUUUGUCAGGGCUUGAGUAUCAUUUUGUUGUUGGUAGUGUCUUGACUUAUUUUCAGUGGUAGGGUAAAGAAAGUUAUCAAUAAUUUAUUUAACAGAUUUUUUAAAAAAGUUAACAGCUUUUAAAUUCUUUUUUAAGCUAUUUAUUUGGAAGACUCGUGGGGAAGUAUCUCACUAAUUUAGAUUUAAGAAUGUGAAGGUUUUUAAAUUAUUUUUGAUAGCGUGAGUUACAUGUGGUGAAGAGCCGUAGUAACAGUAAUUUGUCUGAACUCUUAAAAUUUGAAAUUCAGGUUAAAGUCUUAAACAGGGAUUUGAUGCAUUAAUUAUUUUAAAUUAAGAUGUAUAUGAAAUUCAUUUUAUUUUAUAUAUUUUGUGGUGUUUUUUUUUUAAAUAAGCUAUUAGCUUGGCUUUUUCUAACUUCCAAGUUGCAUAUUGUCAUCCAGGUUAAUUACCUUUUUCCAUCUUCUUUCUCUGCUGUCCAUCGUUUUGUGACAACCCAACAAGAAUCUUUGUUUUACAGGGAAACAACUUCAAUAUCCUACGCUUUCCAAAAAAAGAAAGAAAAAGAAAUACCUUGUGAAGAAAACAAACAAAACCCAAACCUCCUUUUUCUCACUUUGACAAUUGUGAUUUUCUACUUAGGUAGAAAAAAAUAGACAUCUUGAAUUUUCAUUUGUGCUUUUGAUGUUAGGUCCCAAAGAAACUGCUAUUUAAUAUCUUUUCCUUGUUCAGAAAAGAACAAUAUGAUUGGUGUAAUUUAGUCAUAUUAGUAUUUGUUUAAAUACAUUUAUAGCUACAAUGGGUUCCUUUUGUAAUUUUGUUGCAAGGGGGGGGUGGGUUAAGGGGAGAAGAAGAGGGAGUCAGGAAUAACACCUGCCUUACAGGCUGUUCUAACAAGUUUUAAAAAAUAUUAUAUCCUAACUGUUGGGGGGGGUAUGAUUUGACCUGCAGUGUAUAUAAAGCUAUAUUAUUAAGACCUAUCAAUCAUAAUAGGCUUCUAAUAUAUUAAAUUGUAGAGGAGCCAACGGUAUUGAAAGAAGUAAGGUUGAUUGUUUAAUCUUGUAACCUUUUAAGAUUGAUUUUGGUUCUGAGUUUGAGAUGAAGUUGGUGCCUCCUGCAAUUUACUCCUUCUUGACUUUGCCAAUACAUAAAGAAGAUGAGACCUAAUUUUUAAAGUAAAUAUCUGUCUGCUUUAUACACACUUCUUACUGGAUACCAAUUUUCAGUUGCUUGUUAAUAGCUUAUAUUUUUCAAUUGAUAUUUUUUAGUAACAAUUUAAAUACUGAACAUCUGAUGUUGGAGUGGAAAAGUAACUGUUUUUGUUUCUGACAAAGAGGGCAUUUUAUAUGUUCCAACUGAGAAUUUCAAGUCUAGGCAAAUGUACUGGACAGGCUUUAUUUUUAUGAUGAAGAGCUAUGGCCAUGUAAUUGAUUCAUGUUACUUUCAUUCAGCAAGCAGGACGGACUUAUUUUUUUGUGCUGUAAUUUCUACUGAUGAGCUAAAACAAGCAGAUCUAUGUCUCCUUUCAGAUUUACAUUUACGUUUUCAGAAGAGUAGCAGUUCUUUUAUCCCAUCUUCUUUCCAAAGUUUAAAGGAGUAAAUUGUAAAUAGGUGAUUGAUGAAUUUGCCUUCCUUGGUUAUUCCAAGCCCAAAAUGACUUGGUUCGAGACUGAUCCAUUUCUGGUUGUCAGGGAGAAGAAUCUAUCAAACGUCAGAUGUCUAUAAAGAGCUCAUUUUAAGCUGUGUCCACACUAUGCCAAAACAACUCGUUGAGAACUGAAUUAUUCAUCAAGCCAACUAGUUGAUUAUUUUUUCUACAUGAUGCCAAAAAACUGGUUUGACUGAUCUUUUCUCCCACUGAAAUGAAGUAGUAUUUUGGUUUUGUAUAGACAGUGUUUUAGUGUCAGGGAUAGAUUACAAAUAGAUUAUUGCCUGUCAAGAAAUAACUUUAAAACUGAUUUUUUUUUAAAAACUGAGAUUAGAUGCUGAUCUAAUUUGUAUCUGCAGUUAUAGGUAUUUGUAGCUGCCUAACUUUAUUUUCUUUAGCCAGAUAGCCUAAAAUCAAACAAUUAUUUUAUAGAUUAAUACAUAUUCUAUAUUCAACCUUUAUAUACUUUGACUAUGAGUAAAUAACUAUGAGUAGCCAGCAUGUAAAUUCUGAAAAUGAACUUCACUUAAUAGAAUCAAGUCGCCAUCCCCAAAGUAAUUCUAGUAACUAGAUACUUUAGUUAAAAAGAUGCCUCUACUAACCACUGCAGCUGAAAUGGGAAUUGUAUGUUUCUGAAUAAGGGGAACCGUAGUUACAGUUCUGUUGACUUCCUAUUCAAGUCCCUUAGGGACAUCGAGUCUUGCCAAGGUUUCUUGGUCUUUCAUGCUUAGAUCUGAAGGAGAUACUGUAUUUAUAUCUAGUGCUCAAAGUUUGCCCUUCUAAGAAGUGAGGAGUUCUAGCACAAAGAUAGCCUUGCUCAAGCACCUCUUCUCGGAGACAGCCAAGAAAAUUGCAUUUUGUGAGACCAUCCCAUUAUUUCCCCUUUAAUUUGACAGAACCAGUGGGGUCAUCUUCAACAGCCCCUUUUUUGCAACUGUCUUAAAAACUUUCAUUCUUGGUGAGAGAAACAUUUUAUGGUUUCUCAAAGCACUGCUUUUGCAAAUAGUUCAUAGGCACUAUGAUGGGCUCAGCAAGCUCAUGUAGAAUAAUUUUGGAGCAAUUAAUUAGCCAUAAGCAAAGGGCUCAAGGCUUCCCAAAUUUCAAGUCAUGAUUUUAGAUACCCAGUUUUUUUAUGUGAUAAUAGAUAAUGGUUUGAGUUCUCUUGUAGAUUUUUUUUUCUUCUGUUAAGUUUAUGUCAAAUAAUGCUAUACCAUGAAGUGAUGGUUAAUAACUAAACAGUAGAUAAUGUAGUAAAAUCUACAACUUACAACUUUCUAAUGGUCCAGUUUUUUGGAAAUAUUCUGGAAAACAUUUCUUUGAUCAGUAUCAUUUAAAGUAUUAUAUGCAAAGAAGGAAUUUCUAAUCGAUAAGCUGCCUAUUUUUGUACAUAAAGGUGAAACCAUUCGUAUUUAUCAUUAGUUGAAUAUUUAGUUUGAUUCUAAAUCUGAGACUGUCAAAAACAGUUACAAUAACCAAUUUCCUAACAAAUGUACUCUUAGUUUACACCAGGUGAAAAGGUAUUUGUCAAGACACUGGCUGUGUAUUGCAUGUGUGCACUCUGAGGUGGGGAAGGAGUACAAAAGGAGAAACCACAGUUCUGUCUUGGAGUGUAUCUCUCUAUUGAGCAUUUUCAUUUUUAGGCUUGCUGAAAUGAAAGAAUCCAUGGGAAAAAUACAGCACAGUUUUAUUAAUUUAAUCUGAGACAGACCACUAUAGAAUGAAAAAAACAAACAAACCCAGAAAUACUUGAAGUAGGAACUAUGAAAAGUUGAUCAUUUUAAUGUUUGUAACUUAAAACUAAUUUUAAAAAAUUGCUAUUUUUAUGAAUGGGCACAUUUUUACUAUAGCAUAAAAACUUUUAAGAAGUGAAAAUAAUGCAGAUCAUAACAUUUAUUUCCUGAUGGGAAACUCGUUACCAAUUUCAUUAUAAAGAAUUCUGAAAAAUCUUUAGUAAGAGGCUGCAUAAAGAGAUAGUUACAGUUCUUGAAAAAAGAUGAUACUAUUUGCCCUAAGAAUAAUGAGGUAGUUUAAAAAAUCUUAACAGUUACUAGGGUAUUCAUGUUCAGUUGGAGGGAAGGGGAGGUUGAGGUAGAAAAGAGGGUAGUUGGAUUUUUUUUGUUGAAAAAAUAUAUAUAAUUGAACAGGUAUAGUAACUUUCUAAGAAGAAAUGGACUGUCAGUCCCACCUCCCAGGUGAAGGUAAUACUAGAUUUUUAAACCAUCUUGAAUACUGUGAUAUCAUUUAAGGAAAUUAUUAAGAACAAGGAUGUUGAGAAUUUAGAAGGAACACCAGCAAAGAUAGUUCUGCCCGAUCCCAUUAUAGUUAAAAUUCAUUUUAGUGAGGGAGAAUACAUUUUGUUAGACACCUGGACUCUUUUUAAAAUAAUCAGCCUCCCCUCCCCCCACCUUUUCCUCUUUUUUUCCCUGUGGUCUUUUUGAGGGUCUCUCCCUUUUGACGAGUGUAUACUUAAUAAAAGUUGAUAGAAGAAUUUUUUUACUCUUUGUAUGGUCGCCAAAAGUAAAAGUAUCUCCAUGGGUGAAUGACUGCAGUUUCAUUUUGAGGAGGUAGUUAACAAAAGAUAAAUAUGCAAAAAAAAAAAAAAGGCCGUGAAGUUCAUUUGUUCUAGCAAACAUUGAGCCUGAAGGGAGAGAGACUAACUUGGAACACAGUAGGAGAUUAUUGGUAGAGCUUCCCUGCCUUCAAACUGAUAAAAGUAUAGUAUUUCCCUUUUACAGAUGAAGCAACUGAGAACAGAGAAUCUCUUCUGCCCCCCCCAUCAGCCACAUACAGCUACUUAAAUACCUUUUAAUAAUGGAGAUUAAAAGUUUCCUUCUGCAGUGUUCCUUCCAUUUUGCCAUGCUGUAUCAGCUGUUUGUUUUUUAUUGUAUUGAUUUGGAUCCUGGAAAUUAGAAGGAGGAGUAAGAGAAUCGUUAUUGUACCAUGGUAUCACAAUUGAGAUUUUAACAAAAGGGGAAACUGAGGCAGAUCUCUACGCAAGAUAGCCUUGAUUAACAGGGGCGUGCUACCUGUCAAUAAAUGAUUCCCUGGCUUGCCUCCAUUAAUGCCAAAGAGCCCGAGCAAAAGGACAGCUCUCCCUUUAUAGGGUUUGGGGAGUACAGAGCAAGGAACACAGCAGGGUAGAUGACAUCAUGGAAUUAAGGGCAACAUGGUUGAUAACAGAACUGAGGUUCAGGGAACAACAUGAUUGUUGGGAAGUUUGGAAACGGGGGGCUAGCAAUAAUUCCCCUUCUCUCAUGAGACUAAGAAGUACUCUUUGUUCAAGUCCAGGUAUGAGAGUGGCCCAGACUUUUGGCCCACAAACCAGACAUCCUUGAAGGAUAGCUUGGUGAUGUAAAGAUAUCAGGCCCAAAUUCCCUUUCUGUUAGCACUCAUUCUCCACGGUCAAUUAAAUUCCUUGAGGUAAGAAAGCUAGAUUUUUAAACUUAACCCAUUACAGGCCAGCUGAACUCUGAACUAAGUUUAGAGACAAAGAACCAUGACUUAAGCAGUUAUAGGACAAAAGUAGAGGGCAAAAUCAAUUACAUAUGAAUAGGAUCAAUAAGAAAAUGAUACAGGAUCAAUUUUAAUUUUCUCAAUGUUUAUAGUUAGGGGACUGAACCUAACUGAAAUGGAGAAAUGAUUACCUUUUUCAUGAGGUUUCCUUUUUCUAGUGGGGCCAUGCCAUUAAUAAUCAAACAUUUGGUGUACUUGUGUAAAAAAAAAAAUCUUUAAAAUGGUUAAAAAACAAUAACAACCCUAACAACAACAAUAACUGUAUCGAUAAAGCAAUUUGCCUCUUGUGGUUAACUGUGGUUUUACUUGUAUAUUCUUCCCCCUCUUCUUUCUUAAACCUUGUCCCCUUCCUAAGUUGCCUAAGAAUUUGUGUCUUAAUAAGGAAAAGGUGAAAAUGAGGGUAAAACCUCUUAGAAACCAGUAGCACUGAAUCUUCCAGCAAGUUUUUCUUCUGCACUACUUUCCUAAUAAACCCUGGCUACUAGGUAGCCUUUGAUGACCUCCAAGUAGUUUACCUAUGCAACUUGUCAUAUCCCAUUCAUUCGUUAUUUUUUUCUCUGCUACUUCAGGAAGAAGAUCCCAGGAGAGGGAAAGUUUCUGUGUAAAUUUUACCUUCUCCUGGUUUUAUUUCGGCCACUUUUCUUCAUAGGUUUAAGCUUUCCUCAAGGUAUAUUUGACUAGAACGCAGUGAGUUAUGGUAAUGGUUUUAUAAGAAUAAAAUCACCCAGAGAUGAUUUUCAUCUUUGGCAGAUUUUAUGGGGGAGCUCCUAGCAGUAAAUCUACUAUCUACUAAGGAGUUAACUCCCUUGCUUGAAAUAUUUUUUCUCUAAUACUAAUUUUAAAGAUUAACCCUUUAUUUAUUUAAGAUACUUACACAUUACUUCCGCAUUAUCUAAUCAGGGGCCUGAGUGUAACUCAUUACAUGAACCCUAGAGCUGUUUUAUCUUUCAGAAGAAACUUAAACCAAACUAAGGGCCUUACAGUAUAAGGUGAGGCUGCAUUAAAAGCUGCAAUCUCAUUUUCCCCAAAAAAGAAGUUCUGAGAGAGGUGCAUCACAAAUCAUGCAGCGGUUUGGUGGGAUGUCACAGCAUGCAUCAGGAAAUGCAUCUGCGUCUUUGCAGUUGUUUUUCCUUUGGAAAAGACUUUUCUACUUUUAAUAUGAAUUAAGCCAUAAUAAUUUCAUGCUGUGGAACGAGAGUGGAGAGCUUCACUUUAAGAGAUUAUAUAAUACAAAUUUUCACAUUUACUGUGAAAUGACUUGACUUUGCCAGUGCUUCAGCAGGUUUUGUGGUGAUAUUUUGGAGAGGGGAUGUGAUGUUUUGUUUUUUAAUCUGUGAAAUUUUAAAAGGGGACAGUUGUUGGCUAUGGUAUUUACUAGUUUUGUAGUAAUGUUUUGCUAACCUGACUGCCUUUUCUUCCCCGAUGAUUUUUAUGGUCCAAGUUGACUGUUGCUAUUCUUUCUUACUUUGGGUGUCUCUGGAGUAGUAUGUUGUCUAUUUGUAUAGGUUGUCAGUGUGUGUGCACAGAGUGUGUCCUUUUGUUACAGAAACACACUGGGUUGCAAGUGGGUGUUUGGCUGGAAAAUGGGAUGCUGAAGUGUGAAGAACGUUUUUUUCAAUUCAUAACAGUAUUUCCCAUCUUUUGCCUGCAGGCAGGGAAAGUGUAUGUACAGUAUUUAUUUUGUUUCUAUUUUACUUUAAAUUUGUAAGUUUUUGAAGUAGCUUACGUUGGUCAUAGGGAAGGACAAGUGACAUGUUUAAAUUUGUAUUUGGUAUUCAUAUUUUCCAAUUUCUGUACUUUUAAGAUAUUGAGAUUAAAAUUGGUAUUACUUUUUGUUUUGA